CUCAGUGGUCCGAGUGGCGCCUCUGGGGUCGCUGGACCACUAGGUGCGGAGACGCGGGAGCAGGAGCCGGGGCUGGGCCGCUGCAUCGGGGACCCGGACGGCGCGGCCCAGCUGCAGGUGCCACCAUGGAGCCAGGCAGCAUGGAGAACCUGUGUGUUGUGUACCGUAGCCAUGACUUCCUGGUGGUGAACAAGCACUGGGACGUGCGCAUCGACAGCAAGGCCUGGCAGGAGACGCUGACCCUCCAGAAGCAGCUGAGAUACCGCUUCCCAGAGCUGGCAGACCCUGACACCUGCUAUGGGUUCAGGUUCUGCCACCAGCUGGACUUCUCCACCAGUGGGGCGCUCUGUGUGGCUCUGAACAAGGCAGCCGCAGGCAGCGCUUACAGGUGCUUCAAGGACCGACGUGUCACCAAGGCUUACCUGGCUCUAGUGCGGGGGCAUGUCCAAGAAAGCCGGAUGACCGUCAGCUAUUCCAUCGGCAAGAGCAGCACAGAAGGCCGGACCCACACCAUGUGCAUUGAGGGCACAGAGGGCUGUGAGAACCCAAAACCAAGCCUCACGGAGCUGGUGGUCCUGGAACAUGGGCUGUAUGCAGGAAAGCCUGUCUCUAAAGUGCUGCUGCAGCCCCUCACAGGCCGGACGCACCAGCUGCGCGUGCACUGCAGUGCCCUUGGCCACCCCAUCGUAGGGGACCUAACCUACGGCCAGGCCUCGGGCCAGGAGGACCAGCCUUUCCGCAUGAUGCUCCACGCCUUCUACCUGCGCAUCCCCACAGACACCGAGUGCGUGGAGGCCUGCACACCUGACCCCUUUGUGCCUGCCCUUGAUGCCUGCUGGAGCCCCCACACCUUGGUGCAGCCACUGGGUGAGCUCGUCCAGGUCCUGCGGGCGGCCCCAGACCCUGACCCCAUAGAUGGGGGCCUUGGGCCCUGCAGCCCCUCCACACCCCUGCCAGGGCCAGGCCGGCCCCCACCACCUCCUGCCAAGCCCCCUGAGACAGAGGCACAGCGGGCCUCAUGCCUGCAGUGGCUGUCGGAGUGGACUCUGGAGCCAGACAACUGAGAACACUGUCCUGGGGUGGGGAUGGCAUACUGGGACCCCAAGGGGCAGGGGCUGUGGGUCAGAGCCCUGGACCAGUCCCUGCAGCGGCCAGGCCUGAAGAGGGGCUGGCAGGGCCAGCAGAGGAGCCAGGCAGCUGUGAUUCCAGAGGAUGGAGCCCUUGAGCUGUGGGACCCACACGGCCUCCCUCUUAGCCCCUCUGGGGAAAUCGUGGCUGUUGCCCCAGAGCGCCUCCCUGGCUCCAAAGCCUCACCCCCAGGGGCUGACUUGUAGACUGGCUCUGGAUCACCCUGGAAGAGGAAGAGCCAGGACCUGUGCCAGCCUCAAGGUGGGCUCCUCCUGGGCCUGCAGUGCCCCACUCCACAUUGCUCUGCUUGGACCCUCUGUGCCCGUCACCCCAGCCUGGCUGGGUUCUCCACCUGCAGACCGUGACCCUCCCUGCUAGACAGGUCCUACCUUGUGCCUUCACUUUUGCCAAACUGCUCCGUCCGCCCACAUCCGGAGCAUCUCCCAUGGAAGUGGGCGUGAGCCACACCCCCAGCUUCCACCUCGCUUGCCAUUCCUCCAGACCCAAUGUGAACGCUGCCCCUGUGGGGUCUUCUGGGCGCCAGGUCACAGAUGCUGACUUCACCACCUGCUUGGCAGUUCCCAGUUAGCCACGGGUCAUCAGACCUCAGCCUGGGAAUGAGGGCAGUCACCCCAGAGCUUCCCCUAUCCCCCACAACAUGCCCACACUGCCCCAGGCACAGCUGGGCUCUUAGGACUCAGAAUAAAUGGUCAGUGACUGACUUUGCAAGUAA